AUGGCAAAUCGGUUGUUGCAGGAUCCAUUCAGUGUACUGAAGGAAUACCCUGAGACGCUAACAUAUACGUUUGAAAUCCCGCUGCAAUGCGAUUGUCUGGAGUUCAGCCCAGGCGGUGACUACCUGGCAGUUGGAUGCUCCAACGGGUCUCUGGUGAUCUACGACAUGGAUACGAAGAAGCCUAUUUCGGUGCUGGGAAACCAUGGGGGCGGCCAUGUACGAGCGGUGCAGUCGGUGGCGUGGUCGCAAUGUGGACGGUACCUAUGGAGCAGCUCGCGGGAUUGGAGAGUGAAGAUGUGGGACCUCGCGGCGGUGGGGCGGCAGAACCAGGAGUACAUGUUUGAUGGGCCGGUUUGGAUGUGCCGGGUGCUGGCGGGCCCGCAGCCGCGGUGCAUAGCGACGGUGGUGGAGGAGCGGUGGGCGCUGCUGGUGGACUUCUCGGCAGGCGCAGCAGACGUUCGAGAGGUCCGCGACCCGGCAGAGGACGCUGCGGAGGACCGGGGGAACACGCUCGUGACGUGCCUGCACCCGCGGGCGCAGGAUGUGGUCAUCACCGGGACGUCAAAGGGGUGGGUCGUGAUCUACCGCCUUCUCGCGGACGGAGGGUUCCACGCGCUCCACAGCGAGUUCAUCAGCAACUGCAACAUAAAGAACAUCGAGGUGGCGCCGUACGGCGAGCGCAUGGCAAUCAACUGCUCGGACCGCACCAUCCGGCAGUACGCGCUGGUUCUGCAUGACACGUCCGCGUCACUGCAGCUGGAGCACAAGUACCAGGACGUCAUAAACAAGCUACAGUGGAACUCGGUCGCUUUUAGCAACCAUGCAGGCGAGUAUCUGGUUGCCUCGGCACAUGGAUCGUCGGCGCACGACCUCUAUGUGUGGGAGACCGCGUCGGGCACGCUAGUGCGUGUCCUGGAAGGGCCGGAGGAGGAGCUGCUCGACAUAGACUGGAACUACUACAACAUGUCCAUCGCGAGCAACGGUCUGGAGUCCGGCAAUGUCUACGUGUGGUCCAUCGUCAUCCCACCCAAGUGGAGUGCACUCGCGCCGGACUUUGAGGAGGUGGAGGAGAACAUAGAGUACCGCGAGAAGGAGGAUGAGUUUGACCAGCUCGACGAAUUGGGACAUCAGUUGGAACAGGACGAAGCCGAGGAGGUCCACAUCGAUCUGCGUACGCGAGACCGAUUUGAUGUUCGCGGGAAUGACCUUGCAGUGCAGCGCUUCAUUAUUCCGACAGACUACGAAAGCAUUUUACUGAUUAACCGCAUGCAAGAGGACCACGCGGACAGGCAGUCUACGUGA